CAGAACGUUUACCCCCUCUUACCUCGCUUUCUAACACUACGUUGCCAUUUGUAGGUUAUGUGUGCAUUUUGUAUUAUCAGAGCAUAAGGCUUGUAGGUUUUUAGUAGCAUUGGUGAUGCGGGGGCCGGUGCGUUGGGUAUUAUGGGAUGUAAAGGACACAGUGUUAAAGGUCCGUCGCUCGGUUGGAGAGCAGUACUGCAGCGAAGCAGAGCGAGCAGGACUAAAGCUGCCCGCUGCACAGGUAGAAACUGCUUUCAGACAGGCCUACAGGCAGCUAUCUUGCCUAUUUCCCAACUAUGGCAGAGCUCAGGGCAUGAACAGCCAGGAGUGGUGGACUGGACUAGUGAGGGACACUUUUGCCCAGUGUGGGGUAGAUGACCCUGCUUUACUGGAUAGUCUAGCCAACAAACUCUAUCAUAACUUUAGUGGACCAGAAAACUGGGAGGAGUUUCCUGAUUCUAAUAGAACUCUGAUGUUCUGCACCGCUUUGGGACUCAAGCAAGGCAUUGUUUCCAACUUUGACAAGCGUUUGGAAGGGAUCCUUCGGGGAUGUGGCCUUCUCACUCACUUCUCAUUUCUCUUGACCUCAGAAGAAGCUGGGGUUGCUAAACCAAAACCUGGCAUUUUUACCCAGGCGCUCGUGCGGUGUGGUGUUCCAGCCUCCAGUGUAGUUUAUGUUGGGGACCAUUAUGUGAAUGACUACCUGACCUCACGCUCAUUGGGUAUUCAAGGUUACCUGCUUGACAGACAAAACUUUAAUGGGCAUCUUGAUGUUCCCCCACAGCAUAGACUACAGAGCCUAGAUGAACUACCAGCUCGACUGAAACAGGAUGCAGCCUGAUGAUUAUGUAAUGUUGCUGCAGGCUUAAACUAAUUUUUAAAUGAGCCAUAUUUUCUGCAGAUGCUUGUUUUGUAUGAGGAAACAUAAGAGUUAAGCCAAAAAUAUCAGAAAGUAGGAUUGGAAAUUGUUCUGGAAAUGUACUUUUAACAGUAUAGUUUUAAUGAACUCCUAAUGUACUGCUAAAAAUUAUAUUUAAUUGUGAAAAUUG